UUCUUUUCUGCCAAGAUUUUUAAUUCGCAUACUCAGAAUUCUCAGAGUAUAUAAUGGCACCAACUGUUGCAAAGAAGACAGCCAAAGGCAAGAAGCCUGCAAAAGUCGUCAAAAACCGUGAUUUAGGAAGUGGAAUCCUAAGAUGGACACGAUUCAAGCUUAAACAGAAGAAUUCAUAUCGUUUGAAGAAUGCUAAAGCAGCAAAGAAAGCAAAGGGCAAGAAAGAUCCAUCAAAGAAAGUCGUUGUGACAGUCACAAAGGAUAUUGGUGGAGCUAAGAAUGGAGGCAAACGCGUUGUUAAACUCAUCAAGAGCCGUGCAUCUUAUGCCACAAAAGCUAAGGUCACAACACGUCCAACAAGAAACUACUUCAAGAAACAUGUUCAUCAUACACGCCGUACAUUAGUUCCAGGCAAAGUAUUGAUUCUUUUGGCUGGUCGUCAUAAGGGCAAACGAGUUGUAUUAAUGAAGGUUUUGCAAUCCGGAUUAUUGCUCGUUAAUGGACCAUUCUAUUUGAAUAGCUGUCCAUUACGUCGCAUCUCACAACGUUAUGUGAUCUGCACAAAGACUCGUGUCAACUUGAAGGGUGUCACUAUUCCUGAACACAUCAAUGAUACAUACUUCAAGCGCGCUGAUAAGAAGAAGGCACGCAAGACCGAAGGUGAUAUCUUUGCUAAACAAGAAGAGAAAUACACACCAUCAGAGCAACGCAAAAAGGAUCAAAUUGAAGUUGAUAAGCUUGUACGCGGUGCUAUCAAGAAGACAAAUCAAGGAUUGUUGGUCAGCAAAUACCUUAAAUCAUACUUUGCAUUGAGAAACCAUCAAUAUCCACAUCGCUUGCGUUUCUAAGCUAAUUCUUUAUGAUUUAACUUCAUUUUCCUCCCUUUUUUCGUGCUGCGAUGAUGAAAAAUAUGUAACAACAGUUUUGAAAUGCUGAAAUAAAUGGAAAAUUUAUUAUAACGG